GACCGCCAGGGCCAGCCCCCUGGGCACCGCAAGUCCUUCCCAACUCUGACUCCCAUGCAAAGCGGGUCAGUCCGCCCGCCUCCUGGAGUCUGCGAGUGCGCCACAGGGCCCUGUUGCGGACGUCCAAAUCUUCCCUUUUGGAGGCGCGGGUCCGUGUCCUGCCGCUUUUUUCCUGGGUGUCCGCGGACCGGAGGUGCAUAAUUCCUAACAAAGAAGAAAAGAUUACUGCUGUGGAGUGGGGCACUAAGAAAGGAGAAUUGUACAAGAUGGGGAGUCACAAACUCAAAUGCCUUGAGUGCCCAGGCAUCUGAUAUGAAUAUGUAAACUGGUCAAGCAAAACGAUAAGGAAUGGUGGGGCCUGGGGAUACAGAAGAAUACACGUCCUCCUCAUCCUAGGAAUCUCAGGAUAAGGUGUUAUGUUGUUGAAGUCACUGAGGAGAGCAACCACAUCUGAAAGCCCCGGGCCCACCACACAGAAUCCUUCUGUGCCCAGGAUCAAUAGCAAACCUUCUUUUUUGACCUGUCAGAGAAAAAGUUCAUCAUCCUAGAACAUGGCAGGUAAAAAAGUACUCAUUGUCUAUGCGCACCAAGAACCUAAGUCUUUAAAUGGAUCCUUGAAGAAAGUGGCUGUGGAUGAACUGAGCAAGCAGGGCUGCACUGUCACGGUUUCUGAUCUCUAUGCCAUGGACUUUGAGCCGAGAGCCACAAGGAAAGAUAUCACUUGUGCUCUCUCUAAUCCCGAGUUCUUCAGUUACGGGGUGGAAGCAUAUGAAGCCUGCAAGAAGAGGUCUCUCACUAGGGACAUAAUUGAUGAGCAGAAAAAAGUUCAGGAAGCUGAUCUAGUGAUAUUUCAGUUCCCGCUGUACUGGUUCAGUGUGCCGGCCAUCCUGAAGGGCUGGAUGGACAGGGUGCUGUGCCAGGGGUUUGCCUUUGACUUCCCAGGAUUCUAUGACUCUGGUUUUCUCAAGGAUAAAUUGGCCCUCAUUUCAAUAACCACGGGGAGCACACCUGAGAUGUACACGAAAACUGGAGUCAGCGGAGAUUUUAAAUACUUCCUGUGGCCCCUCCAGCAUGGUACACUGCACUUCUGUGGAUUUAAAGUCCUUGCCCCUCAGAUCAGUUUUGCUCCUGAGUUUGCAUCAGAAGAAGAAAGAAAGGGGAUGGUGGCAUCUUGGGCUAAGAGACUGAAAACCAUCUGGAAGGAAGAUCCCAUCCCCUGUACACCCUCUUGGUACUUUGGGCAAUAACACUCUGUGUCAUAUAUACAUCAUGUGAGCAACACACUAGGAGCUGCGAGCACAUGUGAAGAGAAGAUGAUACUGUAAUAAAAUUAAAUUACAACGAAGU